UCCACUUCACCCGGCCUCUGUCCCGCACUCCUUGCUCUGCAGUUGAGCAUUUCCUCCGGCCCGGCUCCUCCAUUUCCAUAGGCUUAGUGUAGAUCGCCGGCAAGCUGAGAGAUUUGCUUGGUUCUUCGUCUCUACAAAUAUAAAAUUGAAAAAUGGCUGUUACUGAGAAGAGGCAACUUGACGAGACAGUCUACAGCACCAAACAUAUCGUACUGGACAUCGAAGGAACCACCACAUCUAUAAGUUUCGUGAAGGACACACUAUUUCCCUAUGUGCGAAAGAACCUAGAUGGAUACAUCAACUCUCAUUGGACUGAAGAAGAGUUCAAAGAUGUACUCGCUUUGCUCAAAAAUCAGGCUGCUGAAGAUGUAAAGGCUGCAAUGGAAGGUGCCAUUGAGAUACCUUCAGACGGCUCUGAUGAUGAUGUGAAAGCUGCUAUCGCGAAAAGUGUCCUCUGGCAAAUGGACUCUGAUAGGAAGACCACUGCAUUGAAAAAGCUGCAGGGGCAAAUGUGGCGUCAAGGUUACAAGACUGGAGAACUGAAGGGGCACGUUUUUGCUGAUGUUGCUCCAUCCCUUAAAGAAUGGGUGAAGGAUGGAAGGAAACUGUAUGUCUAUUCAUCAGGAAGCGUUGAGGCGCAAAAACUUCUGUUUGGGAACUCUACAGAGGGUGACUUGACUGAGCUUUUUACUGACUUCUUUGAUACUGAAGUUGGUGCCAAGGUAGAUGUGGAAAGCUACAAAUCCAUUGUCAAGAAACUGGACUGUAAGGCAGAUGAUGUUCUGUUUUUGACUGACUUGCCCAAAGAGGCCAGUGCUGCUCGUGAAGCUGGCUUACCUGUGAUCCUAGUGGAACGAGAAGGAAACGAAGCCAUCGCCAAUGAACUUCGUAAGGAAUUUUCAGCUGUUUCCUCCUUCCAAGAACUUGCGUUUGAAUCCUCAAGCAAGAAGCAGAAGGUUGAAGGUGAUAGUAAUGUUGGCAAAGUAGAAGAUAACAAGACUGCUGAUGCAAGUGUUAUGGAGGUGGAUCCAGCUGAGAAACCUGAAGAGAAGACUGAAGCUAAAGAUGUAGAGGCUGAGCCAAUGGAUGUUGAUAAACAAGAUGUAGAACCAGUCAAAGAAGCUGAAACUGCAGCAGAGAACAAAAUAGAAGUCAAAAUUGAAGAAAAUGGCAGCUCUGUGGUUGAUCGAAAGGAAGAGAUUGAAGUUAAAAAAGCUGAAGUUACAGAGACUAAGCCUGAUACUGAAGUUAAAGAGAUGUCUGACAUUUCUGUCAAGGAAGCAGAGCCAUCAGAAAGUGUCAAAGCCGAGGAAAAGAUCUCUGAAGUCAAGAAAGAUGCAACACCUGAAACUGUGGAGAAGGAAAAAGUGACAGAGAAGACUGAUGUAGUAGUCCCUGAUGAGAAGACUGAAGAACAAGACACAGAAAAAGUAGAGACUGAAUCUGGAAAUGCAGAGCCCAAAGAAGAUACCAAGACUGAAGACAACAAAAGUGAGCCUGAAACAGUUAAGGAGGUAGAAGAAUCACAAGUGGAGAAGAAAGAAGACACAGUCAAAGAAACGGUUGAAGUCAAGAAUGAGACUGAAAAAGAAAUUGCUGCUGAUGUAGACACAAAGAAAGAGGACGACUCAGAUAAGGUGUCAGUUAAAGAAAUUCCUGAAGAGAAAGAAGUUAUUGAAACUGAGACUAAAGAAAUUGCUCCAGAGACUGAGGUGAGCAAGGAAACAAAUGAGACUGAAGAUACUAAGUCUGUUAAAGCUGAAGAAAAGACAGCUUCUGUUGAGUCUGAAACAAAGGUUGAAGCUGAACAGAAGGGUGAUUUGGAGGACAAAGAGAAGGUUAAUGGAACCUCGAAUGGAACUUCCAACGGAACUUCUAACGGAACCACUAAUGGAAAUUCUAAUGGAACUGCAAAUGGAGCUAAGGAGGCUGACACAAAUGGCACUGUUGAAAAUGGGCACAGCAAGCUUGAGAAGGAAGGUAUUCCUGAAGUGAUUGUUGCCAAGAACACUACUCAAAUUGAGAAAGGGGGAAAAAAGUGCCAAAAUUUAAUUUCAUUUUGUGUGUAUUAGUACUUUUAUUUCUAAAACUUGGCUCUUAGAAUCUUGUUCCAACAAGCAUCACGUAGUUAUUAUGUAUUAAUCUUGAUAUUUUAACGUUCAAGCUGGACCUAUACAGGUGGUUAGGUCCCUUUUUUUAAUUAAGGUGCUCUUUUGUUUAGUCUCUUUCCAAUGAUACCAGUAUUAAUUUUCAGACUGAUGUUUUAAUUUUUUUUAGUAUGAUCUGACUGCUUAUCUCCCCUGAGUGACUGUGAUUUCAUCAUCUAUGACUGAUGCAACAACCACUGUUUCUAAAGUCAGUUGCGGUCAUAAGCAAGCUAAUUCUUAGGGUUUUAGGGGAGUUAGUUUUAAAGUGUUAUUUGUAUGUCAACACAUUAGGUGGUAAGGCACCGGACAUCCUGUAUAAGUACUGCUUGGCCGUUUUAUGGUACAUUUAAGUAAAUAUCAUUCUAGUUGUUAAAGCCUAGAAUGUUAAAAUUGCUUCGUAUUUAAUAUUUGGCUUACGCGGUUAAUUUAUUAUCUUGCCACACCUCUUUGUAUUUAUAUGGUUGUGGUAUGUUUUUGAAUUGUGUACAUGAAUUUCCUUAGCAGUGCUUAGUUCAUCUUUUAGUCUUUAUAAUGGGAAGUGAUUCUUUCAGUACCAAAUCAUUCCACAUAUGUCAUGUGAUAAAGUGUACUGCCAUGUGUAUGUUGGUUUUACAAAUACAACCUUUUUUUUAUUACUUGAAA